AUGGAUUUGGAUAGAGUCACAGUGUUGUUACUGGCAACAGUAUGUUGCGUCUCGGCAGCAGUAACGAAAGAACUGACACCGAUCGAGCUAACGAGAAGCGCACGCCAAAUCAUCGAAUACAGCGCGAAUUUCCGAUGCCCCAAUGAAGGCUACCACUCCGACCCGCAGAACUGUAGGGGCUUCUACAGGUGCGUAUCCGAUGGGAAAAAUUCGCUGAUGGCGAUAAGAUUCGAGUGCGCGGAAGGCACGGUGUUCGAUCCCGCCAUCAGUGCGUGCAACUACCCUUACGCCAGCAACAGGAUAGAAUGCGGUGGUAAUGGAGUCGAUGGCAACUAUGGUCAAGUGAAUAACAACAACAACGCGCCUGUUUCUACAAGUUCACCUGCUCCUGUUACUUCGACUGUUUCUUCACUGCCAUCCACGACGAUAUCUAGUCAAAUUGGAACCAGGUGUAACCAAGAAGGCUUCUUGGGCGACCCAGUCGACUGCAAAAAAUUCUUCAGGUGUAUAAAUAAUGGUCAAGGCGGCUUUUUGCAGUACGAAUUCUCGUGCGGUACUGGCACAGUAUGGGAUGCUGCUUCCUUAUCCUGCAACUACCCAUGGGCCGCAAAUAGGAUAGGUUGUGCUGUAGAACCGCAAACUUCAGGUAACCCUCAGAUAUUAAGAGACUCUGAAAGUAGUUCGUCGUUUUCAAAUGCAUCCUCUUCCUCGUCAAACUCCUCUCUCUCUUCCCAGCAAAGUAGUUCAUACCAAAACUCUAGUAGCAGCUCCAGUAGCUCUAGUAGUAGUAGCAGUAGCUCUUCCUCACAAUCUUCUCAAAGCACUUCUUCUCCAGGCACAAACGCACAACAAGGCACGUCUCAAAGCUCCCCUUCUUCUUCACAAAGCUCUAAUUCUCAGGGCUCUUCCUCCUCUCAAGGUUCUUCUUCUCAGGGCUCCUCACAGGGCUCGUCUUCUCAAAGUUCUUCAUCUUCAAGUCAGCAAUCUUCCACAGGGCAACAGGGAUCUUCCUCGAGUCAAGGAGGUUUAUCUGGUUCAAGCCAACAGUCAUCUAGUUCUUCUGGAGGUUCUCAACAGGGUUCUCAAUCUUCUAGUUCAUCCAAUCAAAAUCAACAAAACCAGCAGGGCUCUCAAUCUUCUAAUCAGAAUCAGCAAAGUAAUGGUUCAAGUCAACAGAAUCAGUCAUCUAGUUCUUCUUCAAAUCAGAACCAACAGACAGGAGGUUCCAACCAGCAAAAUUCUCAAUCUUCUAGUUCUCCUUCUUCGAAUCAAAAUCAACAAACUGGCGGCUCAAAUCAGCAAAAUUCUCAGUCUUCCAAUUCUUCCUCUUCGAAUCAAAACCAACAAACUAGCGGUUCAAAUCAACAGAAUUCUCAGUCCGGUUCUUCAAAUCAAAAUCAGGGUUCUAGUCAACAAAAUCAACAAGGUUCUUCAUCCAGUUCCAAUCAAACUCAAGGGUCUCAGCAGUCUCAGUCUGGUUCCUCCUCGAAUCAAAAUCAACAAGGUUCCCAAUCUAGUGAUUCUUCCAGUCAACAGUCAAGCUCACAAACAGGAAGCUCUAGUCAGACUAGCGGAACCCAGUGUACUGUAGAAGGAUUUAUAGGUGACAGUAAGAAUUGCAGCAAGUUCUAUAGGUGUGUAAGCAAUGGGAGAGGCGGUUAUACAAAAUACGAAUUUAACUGUACGAAAGGAACAGUUUGGGACCAAGACGCUUUGACCUGCAAUUAUCCAUCUGUGGUAAGAGGAUCAUGUAGUAAUGUAGAUGUCUCAAAUCAGCAAGGAACAUCCAGUGGAAACCAAAAUCAACAAGGCACCUCUAACCAGCAAGGAUCCUCUAGCCAAAAUCAACAGGAAGGUUCUAAUCAGAAUCAACAGAAUCAGCAGGGAACCUCUGGUGAAAAUCAGCAAGGUUCCUCAGGUCAAAAUCAACAAGGAGGUUCUAAUCAAAACCAACAAAAUCAGCAGGGAACCUCAGGUCAAAAUCAACAGAAUCAACAAGGUUCUACAGGUCAGAAUCAACAAGGAGGUUCUAAUCAAAAUCAGCAAGGAACAUCUGGCCAAAACCAACAAAAUCAGCAGAAUCAACAGGGGACUUCAAAUCAGCAAGGAAACGAUUCUGGAUCACAGAAUCAGCAGCAAAGUGGCAGCCAAAACCAGGGAACUACUAAUCAAACCAUAACACCUGGCCAAAUUGUAAAUAACCAGUGUGUAUCUGCAGGAUUUGUCAAAGACGAUAAUGAUUGCAAAAAGUUCUACAGAUGCUUUGGGAUGAAACAAUUGAAUCUUGUAAUUACCCAUACGCUGUAA